GUUCGCUUCCGUUGAUGUCAGUUGAGCCAAGUAUGGCGAUGCCCAACCAUUCGCGAGACCACUUCCGAUAAUAGCUAAGCAGACUGUCACAAACGGCCAUGAAACAGUUGUGUCAACGGAUGCGAGAAAUUAAGAACGUUUAAAAAUGAAGAAGGAACAAUGUUUAUCAAGCGAUACAAGUAUUCCAGAUCCUUUAAAUUUUUUUGCGAAGAAAUACAGAGAAACAAUUCCUGAAAAUAAAAGUAAAUUAACCGCCAAAGAAAUGUUAAUGCUAUUGACUCCAACUUAUAGUCAGUUAGAUUGUUUACCAAUCUCAGAAAGAUAUAAAAACAAAAUAAAUAAUAAGGAAAAUCCUAAAAUUUAUAAUGAUAAUUAUGAAAAAAUUGAUGAAUCUCUUAAAAAAAUAUUUGGUACGUUAAAUAAUAUAUUUUUAAACAAAAUAUUAUAAUAAGAUAAUUGCAAUUUAAAAGAAGAAGAAAGUGAAACACUAUGUUGCACAAGUAUAACAGAUGAAGAAUUGUCAUUUGAUAGUAUAUGGCUAAAAAAAUGUUUAAAAUUUCCAUUAAAAAUGGCGAUAAAAGAAAUUAUAUCAAAGAAACCUUAUGAUCCUGUUGGUUAUCUUGGAUUUUGGUUAUUAGAUUAUAGAAAAUUUCAAGAACGUAAUCAAUGGCAAUUAGAGAAAGAUAAUGAGCUACAUUAUCUCCGAUCUUUAAUCAAGGAAGAACCAAUACCUAAAGAAGAAAAAGUUUCAAUAGAUAGAAGAGAAGAAGAAGAAGAGGAAAUGCAUGAUUGGAAUUUUAAACAUUACGAG